AUGUCUUCCGAGACCCCGACCGUCGUUCCAGCCUCCGGUGAGGAGGACGCCGUUCGAGACGAUUCGCCGCCCACGGGUGUAAGCUUCUGGGCCGGGGCGGAGGCAGACAACGACGCCAACGCCGAUACUGGGACACAACCCACCGCGAAGAAGAAGGGGUCAGAGACGGCUGUUGGGGUCACGGGCUUGGUGCUUCCAUUCAAGAGGGCCCGGAUCAGCGCUUCCCCGGCGACUGGGCUGGCAGGACUGCUCGAGAACGAACUCUUGGGGGAAUUUUUCGGUUGCUUGGGCUUCCUGUCCCUUGCCACCGAGAGCAUCGUCCGCGGUGCGAUGGUGAGUGUGAUGCGGGCCAGCAACGGGCUGAAUCAACGAGGGGCAACAACACCGGCUCGGCCCCGGCCUGCAACCGACGGGGCCUGGCUGGUCGAGGAGGACGAUACCGAAGAGGCCCCCGCAAGCAGCGUCCGGACAGAGGAGGCGUGCUGGCGUAAGGCCGUGACGACCGAGGAUGCGGCGCUGCCGCGAGAUGCAUCGACGUGUAUCCUGUGGUGCGCGAUCGCCCUCGGUGCUCUCGUGCGAGGGUACCCUUUGCCACAUGUGGGUGGGAACUCGAACGCCGCUCUUUGGUGGCUAAAGCAGGGUGCAGAAGGCAUGUCGCGCCAGUGCUGGACACCGUUCUCGAUUGGCUAUGUAGCUAGGAAUCCGUCUAGAUAUCCUUUCGAGUCAUGUUGUCGCAGAAGGAACAAGAGCGCUACACCUCUGCCGACACCCGUUUUUCUUGUCCUGUGCUCCAACGAACUGUACGCAUGGCCCUCCUCAAUCGCGGAACAACAGGUGCAACGGUACGUCCAUCUGGCGACAGAUACGCUAGCGUCCUGUUCAGCUAGUGCUGCACUCGACAUAGCCAGGGCCAACCUCGCCAUGGCCUUCGUGCACAACUUCCUGGGCGAUCAGGUCAAAAACCACCGAUACGUGGAGCUCGCGAACAGCAUCGUGAGCGCCCUGCCCCCGGGACAAGUCUCGUUGGGAGUGUACGACCUGCUGAAGUACGCCGGGAAGUCUUGGGUGUUCGAGGUAGGCCUCGCCUCGAGGAAGGACAUAGAUGCCUACUGGCAGAGCGUGUCCCCCAUUUGGAAGCUGCCAGAGAAGGUCGUGGAACAGGACAUCUGUGGCCUCGUCCUUGCUGUCGACACCCGCAUCGAUCAACUCGUGCUCGCGGACGCCCCGGGGACACCCGCUGCCGAGGGACUGCAAAGUUCGUCCGAUGCCACCGCGGAGGUGUCCUCGAGGCCGUCGCCGCUCACGUAUGGGGAGGAUGACGAUGCGGAGGGGAUGAUGGGAGGGUUCGUGGACGCGCCUCUGCCGACAAAAGAAGGGGGUCUCGCUUCGCCCCACCCCACGGAUCCCUUUCUGGGGAUGAAGGAGGCGAUGCCGGAACUGCUGCGCGCGAAUGGCCUUCUUUCGCGGAAUCUCUGCUUCCUCCAGGCCCUCAACAACGACAUUGCCGCAUCGGCGGGGUCAUUCCACCGGAGCGUGAGCGCAUUGCUGCGCUACCCGGGCCUGUGUCGCUACAACUCUCUGUCGCACAACGCUCACACACAGCUUUGGGGGCUGGCCAAUGCCCGCCGGCGAGAGCACUACGAGGCUUUGAGGGCGGCUUACAACCCGAUGCGACCAGCGAGCCUCUCGCCAGCACCGCCAUUCGACGAGUGGACAGGAAUGUCCGACAUAUGUGACCACCCCUACUGCAGGAAUGUAGCUGAGCAGAUGAGCGCCGCUUUCGCACACCACUUUGUGAAAGUGCAAGAGUCGGGGCCUCCGUCUGUUGCCGAGUGUGACGUGGCGUUAACGGCAGUGCUGGACCAGUCUGAUGCCGAGGCGCUGUACCCUAGCUAG